CGCGUCCCGCGCGCAACCCUAGCCCACCUGCCCGCCGCGCGCCUCCUAGAUCCAUGCCGCCGCGCGCCUCCCCGAUCCCGCCGUCGCGCCUACCGGGUCUCCGCCGCCGCGCGCCUCCAGGGUCCCCGCCGUCGCGCGCCUUCCGUGUCCCGCUGUCGCGCCUCCUGGACCCUCGCCGCGCGCCUCCAUCUGCCCCAUCGCCGUCGCCCCGUGGACCUCAACCAGCCGCCGGCGAAAUGGCCCCAAAGCGUGGUGGCAAGGCGCCUGUCCCGGCGAAGAAGAAGACGGUUCAGGUGACGAACCCUCUGUUCGAGAAGAGGCCGAAUCAAUUCGGCAUCGUCGGCGCGCUCCCGCCCAAGAAGGACCUCCACCGCUUCGUCAAGUGGCCCAAGGUUGUGCGCAUCCAGCGCUAGUGCCGCAUCCUCAAGCAGCGCCUCAAGGUUCCCCCGGCGCUCCACCAGUUCACCCGAACCCUGGACAAGAACCUUGGUAUAUUUCCUGGCCUGCACCUGUUUAUGUUACGCUUUGCU